AUGGACAAAACACGGCGAAAGUUAGGUGACGGGGAGACGAAAGCUGGCGACAAAGACGAUGUAGGACAUAAGCGUUCAGAACUGGCGCACCCGAGCGAUGCGCGGGACUACUUCUUGCCGCCGGUCUUCCCCGACAACGAAGAGACCGACGAGGAGGACGAUGAGCACUCCUACUUGGACUACGACUACGAACACAAAGAGGUCAUAUACAAGGACGCAGACGCUCGCCCGUUGGACGGGGAACAGCCCGCGGACGACAAGAUACCGCUGCACACGAAAGACAACCUACCCGUCUUCCUGCUGGAGCCUGAGAACACUUACGUGGUGAAGAACAAGGCGGCCACCUUGAAGUGCCGCGCCGCUAACGCUUUGGAUGUGUACUUCAAGUGCAACGGCGAGAAGACGCAGGCGAGGAAUUUCGAGUUCGUGGACCCGCAGACAGGUGUGCGGAUAAUCGAGGGUGAAUACGAAGUGACGAGGGAACAGGUCGAGGAGUACUUCGGCAGCGAGAAGUACCAGUGCUCCUGUUUCGCGUGGACCAGCCAAGGCCAGAUCAGGAGUCAGCCGGCCACCAUCGAGCUAGCGUAUAUAAAGAAGCAUUUCUCGGUGGCGCCGCAGUCACAGCUGGUGAAGCAAUACUCACCGGUUACGUUCCGAUGUGAGCCACCGCCGGCGGCGCCCUUUGCGCAGCUCUACUGGCUCAAGAAUGGCGCACCGGUGGCGCCUGACGACAAUGUGCAAAUUAGCAAAGAGGGGGAUCUGGUCAUCAAACAAGCGUCAUUAUUGGAUAUGGCGAACUACACCUGUGUCGCGGAGAAUUUGGCCGGAAAAAGGAUGUCAGAGCCAGCUCUUUUAACAGUUUACGUCAACGGUGGAUGGACCGCAUGGUCUACAUGGGUCGACUGUUACUGUCCCGGGCAGGCGAGGGAAAGACGUGAGGGUCGAAACGGCCGUAGAAGAGAGCGGACUUGCACAGCUCCAAGACCCCUAAAUGGCGGACAACCAUGUAUCGGCCCCAGUGUGCAGAAAACUCAGGACUGUGUGGACUGCGAUUUAGAUGUUUACGUCGAUGGAUUAGACGAACUGGCAGAUGAGUCCUCUGAUAUUGUGUUAGGGCGUUGGUCCCAGUGGUCGGAUUGGUCUAGAUGUGACACAGACUGUCUCCAAACGAGGAGACGUCGUUGCCUCACCAGCACAGCUUGCUUGGGAAAGGAUUACCAAGUGGCUCAAUGUCCUCAUUGUGUGAGAACUUCUAAAUCUGAAAUGUUGACAGACGGGUCAUCAUACUGGCCACUAUUCAUAGCAUUAUCAAUUGCGUUUCUAAUAUUCAUAAUUGUUGUGAUAUUGGGGAUAAAAUAUAUGAAGUUUAAAAUGAAUGAGAACUCUCCUUACGUGAAGCCUCCACCAGGUACGCAAUACUUUGGGAGUGUCUUGAAGAGAACUCUGACAAAUCAACCAGACUUGACAAUUCAUGAGGAGUUCCACACUUUGGAUUCAAGAAGAACCCGUCGCCAAACGCAAUCCUCAAUUAACGCGCGCCAAGAGCAUUUGUACGAGGUGCCACAGUUAGCGAACAGCUACAUUUCGCCAAUCGACCACGAGGUAAGAACCGAUCGCACUGGCAGCGAAAGGAAUUACGCUUGCAAGGAUAAUUUGGAGUCAGAUAGAUCUGGUUCCAGCUGCUUUUUGAGCUCCGGCUCGUCGUAUGGUAAUGAAAGUAUAGAAAUGUCGCCGUCCUUAAAGAACAACGCGUCCGUCGACUCAAAAUUCCUUGGCGUGAGCUAUUUGGAGACGGCGACUUCGAAGAUGAUCACGAGUGACGGCGAUUGGCUUAACCUCGAUAAGUGCGGUGUCAGUUUGUUCGUUCCUGAUGGGGUAGUCGAUAAGGGCGAAGAGUUGUUCUCUUUGGAGGUGACAGACGAAGAGUGGAACAGGCCGAUGUUGCAAGAAGGUGAGACACAACUAAGUCCAGUUAUACGCUGUGGUCCGAAGAACUUCCACUUCCGUAAGGGCGUCAUCCUGUCUUUCCCGCAUUGCGCUUCCCUUAAAGGCACCAGCUGGGUGCUGUCGGUACUCCAGAAGCCCGAGGACACCAGCUCUAGGGAGUGGAGGAAGGUGCUGACCCUAGGCCAAGAGACGCCCGGCACACCCAUCUUCGCGCAAGUCGACCCCGCGAAGGUCUACCUCGUGUGCGAAUUCCUAACGGACUUCGUCCUAAUCGGUCAGAGUUUCAACGGUCUGGACUCGAAGCUGCUGAGGUUGGCGUUGUUCAUCGCCAAGAGGACCGAUGACAGCUUCUACAGCCUGAACAUCCACGUGUUCAAUGACACGCCGUUCGCCCUCUACGAUUGCGUCGAGAGUGAGAGGCGCGCCGGCGCGUUUCUGCUCUGCGAGCCAAAGAGCAUCUGCUUCCAGGAGAGCGCCUCGGAUCUGUGCCUUAGCGUGAGGGAUGUUGGCGUCGGAUGGAAGGUACAGAACGGCGGCACGCAUCAGGAGAUAUCCUGCUCUCACAUAUGGAAUAUGACAGUACGCUCGCUGCAAUGCGUCUUCGUCCUGCAGCAGUUGGACUCUAUAAACAGCUUGGAGUUAAACUUAUCGAUAUACCAGAAGCAGAGGCAGUCGAACUCGGUGAACUUCAAUCUGAAAACUAACGAUUUGAACUCGAGCUUCAACGGCAACAAGCGUUUCAGCUACUCCGGACUGGAAACUGGUUAUAGUGUUAAUAUCGUAGAGAAUCCGUUCAAUUACUCUUCGUUGUCUAAAAAAGAGGGUCGCUACGAUUUUGUUUACAAGAACAACAGCAUCCUAAGGAACAGUUACCACGUCGACAAUAAUUACUACAGAUGCAACGUGCUAACGAAAUCCGAUAGAGUGAUAUUGUGCAAACUGCUCGAUUCCCAAUCAACGAAAGGUAACGAUUGGAGAUUGCUGGCUGAGAAAUUGAAAAUAACGUCUCACUACUACUACUUCUCAAAUACAUGCUCGCCGACCGAGAACAUUCUGAAUCUCUGGCUGUGCAGGAACAACGAUUUGAACAUGCUAGUUAAUUUAUCGAGAAUAUUCCGCGAAAUGUCCAGAAUCGAUUGCGCUACUGUGGUUGAAAGGCGGUGCUUUACAAAU